CUUAGAAACACAUUUCUCCUUAGUCUUACCUCCCUGAAGCGUCUUACAACUACGACCCAGCUUGACACUAUGAAUCCAGAAGCCAAGGAAAUCGAUCUUUUACUGAUAGGUAAAACCGGCAACGGUAAAAGCUCAACAGGAAAUACCAUUUUAGGGAAAAAAGCGUUUAAGACAAGCGGAAACACGACCUCGGAAACCAGGGGACUGAAUGAGGAAACCUCAGAGCGCCGUGGCGUAAAGUUUACAGUCGUUGAUGGCCCGGGUGUGGAGGACACAGGGCUGGGGGACGAUGGGUGGGGACAGUACAUGGACUGGUUUACUGAAGCAAUAUCCGCGCACCCCCAGGGAUAUCACGCAUUUCUUUUGGUUUUCAGAUACGGUGGGAGGUUCACAAGGGAAGAGAAACAGACUGUUGAGUUUCUGAAAAAUGUUUUCGGAGAAGAUUUUGUGAAAAACUGGUGCGUUGUGGUGGUGACAAACGGGGAUAAUUUUGAAGUCAAGGUAGAUUUUGAGAAAUGGUGUAAGGAACAAAGAGGCGAUUUCAGGAAACUUUUGGACGAAUGCAGUAAUCGAGCCAUUUUAUUCGAUAAUAAAACCACAGAUGAGCAAAAAAUCAACGAUCAGAUUACGCGACUUAUAAAAACCGUUGACGAGAUUAGCAAAUCUCAGCGGUAUAAAGACUCCAACUUUCAACUGGCUCAAAACAGACGGGAUGAGAUCCUUGUGGAAAAAAAAAUUCCUGCCCUUAAAGAAGAAUUCUGGAGAGAAGCUAACAAGAUUACUGAAGAAUUGUGUGAAUUAGAUAUGGGUGAUCUGGAAAAAAAGCGUGUGGGACUGAAACAUCUAAAACACAGAGCUGAAGAUUUGAUGAAGAGAAUUGUUGAUGAAGACAAAGGUACCGGCGUUCUCAUCGAAUUUAUCGACAUCGCCAAACAAAAGAGCGAAUGUGUCGACCAGCAGAUGAAAGCGGUCGAGGAAGCUAUGAAGCUGCAAGAAAUCAAAGAGAAAUACGAGAGAGAAAAACAACAACUGAAGGCCGAUCGCGACGCUGCUAAAGAACAACUCCACACUGAUACACAGCGCUACGAUGCGAGGCUGAAAGAACUGAACGAGAACUUAAGGAGCACUGAGAGAGAUCUAGAGAGAAUAUUGAGAGAACGGAAAGAACAGGCCGAAAAAGUCAAAAAGGAAGAAGAGGAGUUAAAGAACCUAACUUUCAAAAAGGUGCGUUCAACUAUAGCAGCAUACUUAAAGAAAAAAAUUUUAGGAGCUCCAAAAACAGAAAAGUAAAUUAAAUAAUCGGUUGACUCACAUACUUACGUUUGAUCUUUAUAUAAUAGUUCGACGUGAAUUUGUUUUAACAAAAGCUUAAUAAUAAAUUUUUUUUUUAAAAAUGUAUUAUUUAUUUUAUAAUGAAUACGUGAUUAACAUAAUAUGGACAAGUAUUUCUACAUAUUAAGCAUUUAAAAAAAAUAUUGAUUAAUAUUUCAGUUAUUUAAAAACAAAGUGUUGAUUAAAAUCAAAACCUUUUACGUUCAUUAACUUUUUCUUAUGCUUAACUCCAUGUUUUUCUUUUUAGUGUAUAUCUAGAUCUGUGAUAUUCUUCUUGUGUAUUAAAUGGUGUAUCUUUGUAAAUAUUUUAUAGUAAAAAGCUACUCAAAUAAUAUUUCUGUUCUUAAAAUCGUCCUGAUAAAUGUUUUGUAGAAGCUUUUACGUAAAUAAAUUCUAAUAAC